CAGCCAAUUGUGUUGCUGGCCUUAAAAAAAAAAUGAAUCCCAUUCCAGGCAGUUCCUGAAACUCCAACCUCUGCGCUCUCGAUCUCUCCGCCCAACACUCCAACUUCACUGUUUAAAACGCUUACGUUUCAAUCCUCAAGAAAAUUCCUCUCUACUUUUCGAUCCCAAUCAAUGCCUUUCCCUUGAUACUCAAUUUUCUUUUCUCUCUUCAGGGUUCUCGGGAAAAAAAGGUAAAUUUUUGUCGUUGUUUGGUGAUCUCAUGUUCUCGGAUUGAACUAGAUUUUUGGCGUUUCAGAUUUGCUCUAUCUAGAUUUUUCAGGGAUCAUCUAAUCCAAGCAUGAGUGCUUACAUAGUUGGCGUUCUCGUUCCUCUUGUUGUCACUCUUUUCCUCCGGAAUUCCAAGAAAGGUGCAAAGAAACGUGGUGUGCCUGUUAAAGUUGGCGGGCAACCUGGGUAUGUUAUAAGGAAUGCACGGUUUCCAACACCGUUGGAAACUGCCUGGGAUGGCGUCUUUACCCUUGCUGAGCUUUUUGAGUGUGCCUGCAAGAGGCACGCGGAUAAAUGCUUGCUAGGAACGCGGAAGUUGAUCUCGAGAGAGAAUGAAGUGGCUCCAGAUGGGAGGUCUUUUGAGAAGCUUCAUUUAGGCGAGUACGAGUGGCUCACUUAUGCGAAGGUGUUCGAAAGAGUUUGUAACUUUGCUUCUGGGUUGGCUCAGAUUGGGCACAGAAGGGAAGAACGUGUCGCCAUAUUUGCUGAUACCAGAGCAGAAUGGUUUAUUGCGCUGCAGGGUUGCUUUAGGCGCAAUGUCACUGUGGUUACCAUUUAUGCAUCUUUAGGAGAGGAUGCUCUGUGUCACUCAUUAAAUGAGACAGAGGUUACAACUGUUAUAUGUGGGAACAAAGAACUGAAAAAACUUGUGGACAUAAGUGGACAACUUGACACAGUGAAACGUUUGAUUUGUAUGGAUGAUGAAAUUCCAUCUAGUGCAUCAGUGGAGCAAAGUGGUAGAUGGACAAUCAUUUCACUUUCUAAUGUGGAGAAACUUGGUCAAGAAAAUCCUAUUGAAGCAGAUUUACCUCUAUCAGCUGAUAUUGCUGUAAUAAUGUACACAAGUGGAAGUACUGGACUGCCUAAGGGUGUAAUGAUGACACAUGCUAAUGUCCUAGCUGUAGUUUCUUCAGUUAGGACAAUUGUUCCUCACCUUGAGAGCAAGGAUGUUUAUCUAGCAUACCUACCAUUGGCUCAUAUCCUUGAAUUAGCUGCUGAGAAUAUAGUUGCAGGUGUUGGAAGUGCUAUAGGAUAUGGAACCCCUUUGACGCUUACUGAUACUUCAAACAAGAUCAAAAGGGGUACAAAGGGGGACGCCAGUGUCUUGAGGCCAACUGUGAUGGCAUCCGUCCCAGCAAUUCUUGAUCGUGUUCGAGAUGGAGUGCGCAAGAAGGUGGAUGCAAAGGGUGGCCUAAGUAAGAAACUGUUUGACUUGGCAUAUGCCCGUCGAUUAUCUGCAUUGAAUGGUAGUUGGUUUGGAGCUUGGGGCUUAGAAAUGCUACUUUGGAACUUCCUUGUGUUUAGGAAGGUUCGAGCAGUUUUAGGGGGUCGUAUUCGUUUUUUGCUUUCUGGAGGUGCUCCUCUUUCUGGUGAUACUCAAAGAUUUAUCAACAUUUGCCUUGGGGCUCCAAUAGGCCAAGGUUAUGGUCUUACUGAGACUUGUGCUGGCGGGACCUUUUCAGAGUUUGAUGAUUCAUCUGUUGGCCGAGUUGGUAAUCCAGUUCCUUCCUCAUUUAUUAAGUUAGUAGAUUGGCCUGAAGGUGGAUAUUUAACUAGUGAUUCACCAAUGCCUCGUGGGGAAAUAGUUAUUGGUGGUCCUAAUGUAACUGUUGGCUAUUUCAAGAAUGAAGAGAAAACAAGGGAAGUGUUCAAGGUUGAUCAGAGAGGAAUGAGGUGGUUCUACACGGGUGACAUUGGGCAGUUCCAUGCUGAUGGUUGCCUUGAGAUAGUUGACCGUAAAAAGGACAUAGUCAAACUUCAGCAUGGGGAAUAUGUGUCUUUGGGAAAGGUCGAGGCUACUCUCACCGUAAGCCUCUAUGUUGACAACAUGAUGCUGCAUGCUGAUCCAUUUCACAGUUACUGUGUGGCCCUUGUGGUGCCUUCACAACCUGCUUUGGAAGAAUGGGCCUCGAAACAGGGAAUUGCCUUUUCUGAUUUUGCAGACCUGUGUGAGAAAAAAGAAACAAUAAAGGAAGUGCAAGCAUCAUUCCUCAAGGAAGCAAAGAAAGCACAUUUGGAGAAGUUUGAGAUCCCAGCAAAAAUUAAAUUGCUUUCUAAUCCAUGGACUCCUGAAACUGGCCUUGUCACUGCAGCUCUCAAGAUCAAGAGAGAGGCCAUUAGGAAGGCCUUCUCCGAAGAGCUCUCCAAGUUUUAUGAAUCAUGAACUAUGAGAAGUUGAGAACAUCUAACUUCUGUUGUGAUUGUGCAGAAUUCCUAGGACAAGUGGCCUAUCAUUGUUCCUCCUAUACUAUUUUUGACCCUUUUUUUUUUUCUUUAAUAGCCCUACUUCGUUUGUUCCCUCAAAUUUUGUUGUGUUAAUGUUAGAACAUUCUUCUUUUUUUUUUUUUUUCACUUUUCUGCAGUUUCAUGACAGGACUAAAAGUGAAUGUUUGGCUUGCAUAAAUAUUUCAAAUGCUAGCAGCUAUUCAUGUUGCUUUAACCUUCUCCUUGUCUUCUGCCAGUCUCCAAGUGCAGCUCUUAAUGGUGAAAUUUUUAGGCAUGCUGCUGUGGUAUUCUUCCCUUUAUAAAUGGAUAUCCCAUAAGAUUUAUAAUUAUUUGAAAUCAAGAAGAGUUUCAGAUUUAAUGUGAAAAGGGGGAGCACAUUCUAAAUACUAGGAAUACCAUGUACAAUUCAGGCCUCACCCAUGAGUAGUUUGUUUGGGUAUGGUGUAAAAUUGCAUGAAUUUCACAAAAUUCUUAUAGAAUAUUCUUCAAAAUUUUCAUUUGAGGAAUUUGUCAAAAUCAUAGAUUCUUUAAUCUUAUUUUUUACAAGUUUGACUAAAAAAGAAAGAAGCUUCUAGCCAUGGGCGUGGAAUUUGUCAUCGAUAUGAUGAUAUUCUAGAAUAAUUCUCUGAUUCCACUAGGGUUGCAGUUCAACUAGGGAAUUAUAAUCAAGUAGAAAGCUACCAACAAGAACAGUGGCGGUUUAAUUUAGAUCGAAACGCGUAGAUUCUAAAUUGACUUGUUUGUAGAAAUGUUCAAACCUUCUCUGUUGGGUGUUGAAUAAUCUGUACAUGCUUACCUCAUACGCAAAAAUAGGUGUCAAUCUCACCUAUUUCAGUAGCUUGGGCUAAAUAAAUACAGAGAAAGAGACAUUUGCCCAUUUGGAUUUUCAAAGAUGGUUACACCUAACCCCAUUAAUGAACAAAUUCUCAAUUUGGGUCCGACCAUCCAGAGAGGAGUAAAUUACCCUAAAUGCCUAAAUAUUAUUUAAUUUCAUUUUCAAGCCAUCAUAGAAAUCAACUGGUUCCAAUGAAUUAUUUGUAGAAGAAAAGAAGAGAUCCACAUAACGUGUGGGAACUGUAGGUUGGGAGAGAAAAGGGCUAGGGUUUGGAGCAAAGGGCAAGUGGCGAGGAAUGAAGAAGAAUGAGACCCACAAACAAUUCCCACAUCCGAGCUUUGGUCCAUUGAUGGAAACUUGACUUUGAAGCCAGCAAAAUAGAAACAGCCUUCCCUUCUUCCCAUGUGACCAUUAGUUUGCCUGUUGCCAUCACUUUAAGCUCUAUUUUUUAGGAUUGUUUUAUAGACAGUAGGAAGGUCAAACGGAGAGACAAACCAAAUUGCAGCUGCUUUUGGGCAUUGAAAAAAUAAAUGAAUAAGCGAUUCUCAUUCUCCACAGUAGCGACAUUUUGGAGGAAUUGCGAGAAUUUUGCUAUUCACAAGAGAGCUUGUAAGCAGCCUUUCACGAAGAAUAGACCAAAGGAAAACUGAGGGCGUCGUUGGUAUGAAAAUUGCCUAAAUAUGUUUUCAAAAGGAUUCCAUUCUGACUUGAGAAUUAGGCCUCAAAGCUGCACCAUUCGAAUUCCCAGAGGAUUGAUGAAGGAGCCGUUUGGCCACAUAAUAGCCAGAUUUCACAGAAUAAAAAUAUAAAUUCAUAUUUAAGAGUUUUAGGGCAUUAUACCUUGACAAUAUUUUUCAUUGUCCUUCACAGCUUCACAUGCUUUGGGAGUUGCAAACUUUGACUUAAGCCUUAGACCCAUUCCAUAACUGAUGACUUCUGAUCUUCAGAUUCAGCAAUACAAUUUAUUUUAAGAAAUAAAAACACCAAAUAUUUCAUUUCUUUGGAAGUUCUUUUGUCCUUUUCCCAUUCAUAGACAUCAACAGAUGAAGGAUUUUUUUCCCCAUUCAGAAUCACUUGCCUUCUUAACCACUUUCAAGAGACCAUUUCUUUUACUCUAUUUAAAAAUUAAAUUACCAUAAAUCUACAGACCUUCAUGUAUAAUCUAGGAUAAACAUAGAAUUAGAAAGUCCAUUUUUCUUGUUCAGAAAGUUUUACUUGGACCUGCUUUCGAUGAAGAGUAAAGAGAGAGAGAGAGAGAGAGAGAGAGAGAGAGAGAGAGAGAGAACAAAAAUAGUGCUUUGGAUAAAAAGCAGAGAAGAAAAGGAAAAAAGGACAGUGAAAAAGUAAGAGAAGCAAGCAGUUUCCAUGAAAAUUCCAACAGGCUGCACCCAGUCCAAGGGCAUGAAAAUUCAGGUCUUGGUUUUCCAGGGAAAAAGAUUAGCAACCAACCAAAAGAGUCAAAUAUAUUAUAAAUAUAACCAGAGAAAAAAAAUACCAAUCUCUCUAGAUAGGUAUCCCAAAUCACAUUGUAUAAAUUGAAAAAUUGGUGGGCCAUACUCAUGAUAAUCUACUCUUACAUUUCUUUAUAAUAUAAAAAAUAAAUAAACAAGCAAAUAAACCUUCACACAGCAUAUAUACAUACAUAUAUUUCUUCAUCCUAACAACAGUUUUUCUCUCCCACAAGAAGUCCACCCACAGGAUUUAGUUUAUUGCAUACUCUCUGGAAUUAUAUGCCAUGAAUGGGUAUAGAGAAGACAAUUCUUUCUGCUAUUUCCAUCCUAAAGAGUUUGUUGUGGGGGUCUGUCCUCUAUGCCUAAAUGAGAGGCUCCUUGUAUUGGCUGCGAAGCAGGGCCAGCUUCCAUCAUCUAGAGCAACUCAUAGACCUCAAUCCUUCACUAAUCCCACCAGGAAGCCUUCCAUCAGCCUUCCUAAGAUCUUUGCUUUGGAUUCUCUUCUCAAUCGGCUCGAAUUCCGCCACUGGAAAUCUGAUAAUAACUCUGGUAAAUCUGAUGCCUCCACUAGUCCAGAAGGUAUGUGUCAUCUUGUUCUUGUUAUAGUUGUAAUUUGCAGUUCUUGAAACUCUACCAACACAAGGAAAACUAAAAUGUGACUUGCUGAAUUAUUGUUUGUAUAACAGUAUAAUGACAAAAAUAGGGUAGAAAUAUGCUCAUCUCUACAGAAUUAGAAGGGUGGAAGAAGGAGAUGAAAGAAUCUUUAAUUCAUUAUAAUUAAUUCAGAAAAUGCAACUUAGCAAGUAAUUGUUAUCAUGAAAUUGUUAAACUAGCAAUCUAGUGAUUGUUUCCUACAUGGGUUAUCAGUAACCUGCACUGCAAUAUUAUGUAUAAAUUAGUAUUAGUAAGUUAAGGUCAUGCAGAGAGAAUUUAAAAUCUCAAGAGGUGACCCUUUGGAUGUCAAUUUAAUGUCAUUUCUUGUUCAUUAUGUUCUUUUAAUUAACAUAUAAUAUAAGGCAAAUAGUGGAUUAGUCUUCAUAUAUAUGCGUGUGUUUUUAUUUAUGGAUGUGCUGGAAAAAGAAAAAAUGAUAAAAAUGUGCUUCCAAACAGGGAAAAUUAUUAACAAAUUAAUUAAACAUGCACAUUAAUUAACUUUAUUUUCUUUUAUUAAUUACUUUUGAUUGGAAAAUGGAAACCCAUCAUCUCAUAUAUAUUAGGCUUCUAACCUGCUGCUUUUUUUGUUUUUGUUUUUGUUUUUUUUUGUGUUUUUACAGAGUCCUUCAUAUCAAUAAAGUUUGAAGACAAUGGAGCUGCCUCAUGGGAAAAGGGCACUUCGGAGCAAUGCGCCAAGUUCUGGAACCAUAAUUUGAAUAAGCAAAACAAGGAUUUUAAACAAUCCAAAGACACUGAGGAUACAAUGACCGUGAUAGAUCAUGCAAAACCGCGUGCCUCGCUGAGGUGGCGAAAGCGGAUUGGUCAACUAUUCCAAGUCAUCAGAUGGAAGAGGUCCAACAAAGCAAACAACGUGUGCCACGUGGGCACCAAGUUUGAAGGAGUCAAGGUGAGGAAGAGCUGGUUAAGAACUCUGACAAAGAGAAGAACCAAAGAAUAAAAGAGAGAAAGAAGAAUUUGCAUAGAAGGAGACACUAUCCUUUUCCUCCACCAUUCCUCUCUGUGGGUUGAGCCUCUUUCUGGACUGUAAAGCUCUGAAUUAUUGAGAAAAUAGAUUCAAAAUUAACUUUUUAUUGUACUCUCUCCUUCCUAGCUACAAAAGAGCUUGGCUUUUUGAGAUUCCUCAUUUUCUUUCUUUUUAUCAUUUUUCAUCUUUAUAAACAGUACAGGAGUGUAACAGAUUGUUUUGGUAUAUAUAAUGUGUUAAUUAGUUUCAAGAUUAA